CCAACGUACAUUUCCAAUUUUCUGCCCCCAAAAUUAUUUCGGAUAAAAGGCCGUGGAGAUAAGGCUCCUCUCUUCUCUGCGCGUCCCUUUCUAUCUCUCUCUCUCUCUCUCUCUCUCUCUUUCUCUCUUCAAAACCAGUGGGGUUUUUCCGUAUAUAAGAAAAUUGUAUUCGUUUGUGCAUUUCUUAUGAGGCGGACAGUCUCAAAUGUGAAGUGUGAUUUCAAUAUGGAGUUCUGCAGGUACUUCCACUUGAUAUCUUGUACACGGUGGUAAAGGCCAUCUGCAUUUCAAGAUUAUUUUGUAUAUAAUCCCAUCUUCAUUGCAAGACUAUUUUGGGGUUAACGCCUGAAGUUUUCACCAGCAAGUAAGAAGUCAAUAGAACUGGAAGCAUGGCAUUCACAAUCUCCACUACACCAUCUGGUACUCAAACAAUCAAACAUUCAGAUUUCAAAACCCAUAUUGGCUUGAAAUUGUUGAAUAGCCAUCCAAGGGUUAUCCGUACAGUUAAACCAGUUAGAGCACAGCCUUUACUGGUUACAAGAGCUAUUGCUGAUGGUAAGCCAUUGACUAAAGAGAAAAGGUUGAGCAUAGAUGAAUGUGAAGCUGCAGUUGUAGCUGGGAAUCCUCCUCCCGCCCCUCCAGUCCCUCCCAAACCACGAGCUCCUGCAGGAACUCCAGUGGUCACCCAACUUCCACUUACCAGGAGGCCACGACGAAACCGAAAAUCUCCUUUUCUCAGAGCUGCUUUCCAAGAGACAACAUUGUCUCCUGCAAAUUUCAUUCUCCCUCUUUUUAUUCAUGAAGCUGAAGAGGACACUCCUAUUGGAGCCAUGCCUGGAUGCUAUAGGCUUGGUUGGAGACAUGGGCUUAUUGAAGAGGUUUACAAGGCUCGCGAUGUUGGCGUCAAUAGCAUUGUGCUAUUUCCAAAAAUUCCAGAUGCUCUUAAGUCUGCCUCUGGAGAUGAAGCUUAUAAUGAGAAUGGCCUCGUGCCUCGGGCAAUUCGUCUUCUAAAAGACAAGUACCCUGAUAUCAUUAUAUACACAGAUGUUGCUUUGGAUCCUUACUCGUCUGAUGGCCAUGAUGGCAUUGUGAGAGAAGAUGGGGUCAUAAUGAACGAUGAGACAGUCCACCAGCUAAGCAAACAAGCUGUUGCACAGGCUCGAGCAGGAGCAGAUGUUGUCAGCCCAAGUGACAUGAUGGAUGGCCGGGUCGGAGCCAUUCGAUCAGCUCUCGAUGCAGAAGGUUUCGAACAUGUGUCUAUCAUGUCAUACACUGCCAAGUAUGCUAGUGCAUUUUAUGGUCCUUUCAGAGACGCCCUUGAUUCCAACCCACGUUUUGGAGACAAGAAAACUUACCAGAUGAACCCCGCAAAUUACAGAGAAGCCCUGAUUGAAACCAGUGAAGAUGAAGCAGAGGGUGCUGAUAUCCUUAUGGUGAAACCAGCCAUGCCUUAUUUGGAUGUGAUUAGGCUUCUUCAUGAUAACUCAGCUUUACCCAUUUCUGCAUAUCAGGUUUCGGGUGAGUACGCAAUGAUCAAAGCCGCCGCAGCUCGGAACAUGCUUGAUGAGGAAAAGGCGAUGAUGGAGUCCCUCCUCUGUAUCAAACGAGCCGGGGCUAAUGCGAUUCUCACUUACUUUGCUGUACAAGCUGCAAGGCAUUUAUGUGGAGAGAAGUGAAUGAACUUUAAGCUUAAGAGUAAAAGACAGAGAGAGAGAGGGAGAGAGAGAAAUUGCAGUCUGUUGUAACACCGUUGUAACGUAGCAUGGCAAUGAAUAAAAUUUUCAGGCUUGAAAUUGUAAUACUCAUAA